AUGGCGCACAUCGCAAUCCUUCCGAUGAUGCCACUCAUUCCCACCACUUCUUCAAAAGAAAUCAAAGAAAUCGCAUUUAAGACUGCACCUUCGGCUUCGAAGCUCGAAAUCAAGUGCUUCCUAGAAUCCUUCUAUGGCUUCGAGGUCCAAAAGGUGCGAACUCUUAUCAUGAAGGGCAAGAAGAAGCGUUACGGGGGUUCCUUGGUCGCAAAACCCGAUUACAAGAAGGCCUAUGUCACCCUCAAGAACCCGCUUUCUUUCUCACAGAACCCUUUCCCCUUUUCUUCCACCCUCCAAGACAACAAGAAUCAGAAGAUGUUGACUACUCACCGCUAG